UCCCUAUUUGCCUCAGUCACAUUUAGACACAAUGAAAAUGAACUGACUGGUCGCGGACGGAAAAAAAUGAAUUGAAACGACAAAGAAUAUACGAAGAAAAGAAAAUCGUGAAAAAAGAAUAAUUAUUUUUUAAUUAUUUCAGUUUUUAAAACAAGUUCGCAUUAAUAAUAUCGGGUGUGUGAGUGCAUUCUUGUGAGAAAUGUGAGCAAAACAAAAUUUGGGAAAAAAAGAAUAAUUUUUAUUAAAAUAAAUUAAAGUUGUCUAAAAGCAGAUACCAGCCAGCCAGCCAGACUCUGACUGUUGCGCGUAAACAAAACAAAAUUAGAAGAAAAAAAGUUGAAAGGAAAAGAUAAAAAUUUCGUAUAAUUUUGGAUUCCUCCGACCCAUCCGUGUGAGUGUGAAUGAGUGAGAGAGAGCAAACAACGACGACGACGAAACGCAAUACGAAGAAAAUACGACAAGUUGAAUAGUAAAGCAAAACAGAAGUAAGAAACGACAAAAAAGAGAAUAAGAAAGAAAUAGAAUGCAGUUGAAAUAAAGAAAAAAAUAAAAGAAAAACAGCAGCCUCUCUUGCAGUCAUCCCAAGCCACCACAACAACAACAGCAGUAGCAGCAGUUCAUUUCAAAUUCUUAAGUUGCCUUCAUUUGGAUUUUGUGUUUGAAUUCUAAUAAAAUAAAUUUCAGUUUAUUUCGGUUUUAAAGAUUUUAUUUUCUCUCCAAUCUAAAGAGUGCAAUAAUAAAUUUAAAUAAUAAAUAAUCGAAAAGAAAAUAAAAUCAAAAUCCAGCAGCAGCAGCAAGGAAAUUCAAGGGAAAAAAUAUCUCUGCUUUAUAACGCAAAAAGAAAUACAAACAAAAAGAAGCAGAAAAAGAGGGAAUAUAAAGAAAAAGCAAAGAAGAUCUUUUUUAAAACCUGUGUGCAUUUCUUUACGUUAAUUUUCAGUUCAUCGAAUUAUCAACAAGAAAAAAAUUGAAAAUAAAAAGUAAAUUAUUAAAAAAAAAUAUUCCAUAGUGAUUUUUGCCGGCAAAAUAUUUUAUUAUUCCAUUUUCGUUUCGCUGUUAAUUUUUUUCGAUAAAAUAUUUUUGUUUUGUUAAAAUCAUAAAAAUUUCAUCGAAUCAUAAAUAAUUUAAUUAUAAUUUGUGGAAUUCAAUUAUUCUUCGAUCAAUACACGACGACGACGUCCUGCUGUUUCGCAAAAAAAAGAAGCUACUUCAACGCCAACAUUUGAACAAAAAACAUCGUUUCCUUUUUUUUUUCUUCAACAAUUUUUGAAUUAUUUUUUUGGGAUAUUUUCGGUUCAACAAUUUAUGCUUAAAUGGAUGCAACAUCAAUAAUCACACAAGUCGCCCGCGAUGACGAACAAUUGAAUGUUUAUCCAAAUGAAAAAGAAAAUGGGAAUGGUUAUUGCAUGCAGCUGUCAAUAGAUGAUGUGGAACGUCUAAAGCCACAAAAACGCGGUUUCUUUCAAUCGAUUUUAUGCUGUUGGCGUCGCAAUCGUACAAAAACAAAUCAAAAUGGCACACCGAUCGAUGGUUCCACAACACCGCCACCACUACCGGACCAACAAAGGUACCUCCUACCUCAGGUUAGGCACUCGGACAUGCACAAGAAAUGUAUGGUCAUCGAUUUGGAUGAGACAUUAGUGCACAGUAGUUUUAAGCCUAUUCCAAAUGCCGAUUUCAUUGUCCCAGUUGAAAUCGAUGGCACCAUCCAUCAGGUGUAUGUCCUGAAGCGGCCCUAUGUCGAUGAAUUCCUACGAAAAAUGGGUGAACUCUAUGAAUGUGUAUUAUUUACAGCAUCACUAGCCAAAUAUGCAGAUCCCGUUGCCGAUCUGUUAGAUAAAUGGAAUGUUUUUCGUGCAAGACUGUUUAGGGAAUCAUGCGUUUAUUACAGGGGUAAUUAUAUUAAGGAUCUGAAUCGACUGGGACGUGAUUUGCAGAAAAUUGUUAUUGUUGAUAAUUCACCAGCUAGUUAUAUAUUUCAUCCAGACAAUGCGGUUCCUGUUAAGUCCUGGUUUGAUGAUGCCAGCGAUUGUGAACUUUUGGAACUUAUACCACUAUUUGAGAAAUUAAGCAAAGUAGACUCUGUAUAUAGUGUUUUGUGCAAUUCAAACAACCCAUUGAACAAUCACAAUCAGCAGCAGCAACAACAGCAACAACAACAACAUUCAAUACAACAGAACCAACAAACAACGCCACAACAUCAACAGCAACAACCGCAGCAGCAGCAACAACAACAGACCAUUACAGCAACAACAAUCAUAACUCAAGCUUCGACACUGUCAACACCAACAAUACUGACGUCACAGCAACAAAACCAACAACAACCACAGCAGCAGCAACAACAACCAACAGGAAGUCCGCCCAAUCAUAGUGAUCUAAACAAUAAAACGUAACAUCAGUGGGAAUUAAUGUUUAUAAAUAUUUAAUUAAUUUUUUACAUAUUACAAAAAAAAGAAAGAGAAAACAAUAUAUAUUAUGCGUAUAUAUAUAAAGUUUAAUAAUUAAUUUUUUUUAUUAAUUAAUUUCAUUUAUAAUUAUUAAUUAUUUUUUGUUUACGAAAAAAAAAUCAAAAUACAUAACUUAUAUAAUGUUUAAUUUUCCGUUCUACCCCAGGCAAAAUAACAAAUACCCACACCUCCCCUCC